AUGGACGCCAGGCACCUCAUCCAGAUGUCCCUCCAGGUUUGGCCAAACCCCAUGUUUGAAGGAGACAUCCGGACGGGAUACCAGGGAAGGAAGAACUCAGCCCUGUCCCAGCCAGCCUCUGACCAUGGGACAGCCACAGUGAGGAACAGUGGCCAGUACAGCUGCACUAGGGCGGCGAUGCACUUCCUACACGUGGGCAGACACACCUCAGGGACAGCCAUGGCUCAAGUUCAAGAACUCUUCCUGCCCCCUAUGCUGAGCAUCGUCCCCACUCCCAAGCCCCAUGAGGGAAGCCCCCUGACCCUGAGAUGCCAGACAAAACUCCACCCUCAGAGGCCAGCCUCAUGGCUCCUCUUCUCUUUCUACAAGGAGGGCUGCACCUUGUAGAGCAGGGGCCUCCACUCAGAGCUCUGCAUCCCAGCAGCCAUGGGGAGACUCUGAGUUUACUGGUGUGAGGCAGCCCCUGGGGGCAUCAUGGUCCAGAAACAGAGCCCCCAGAUGGAGAUCAGGAUGUGGGCUCCUGUGUCCUGUUCUCUGCUCAUCCUGAGUUCCAGGUCCCCUGGCCUUACUGUGGGGGACAUGGUGAAGCUCCUCUGUGAGGCUCAGAGGGGCUCCCCUCCUAUCCUGUACUCAUUCUACCUGGAGGAAAUUUGGGGGAACUGCUCAGCCCCCCACAGCGAAGCUUUCUCCCUUCUCUUCCCAAGGAUGUCAGAGCAGGAUGCUGGGAACCACACCUGUGAGGCUGAGAGCAGGGUCUCCAUGGAGACAAGUCAGCCUGAGACAUUCUCCCUGGAUGGACCUCAUGCCUUGUCCCCUCCGAUCAGCAGUAACUGUCUGGUUCCUCCACUGUCUGCAAGUUUGCUUGUUGUGAUGGUCAUUGCUGCUGCACGUCUGGGUUAUUUCAGACCCUGGAGAAAAACUGGGCCCCUCUCACCCCUGAAUCGGCCCCACGCCCCAGGUGGAGAGCAGCACCCACUGUAUGCCAGCGUUCAUUACCUGAAUGAAAGAGAUGAAGGCAUUAUCUACUCUGUGAUUUAUACAACCCCAAAGAAGAGUGAAGGGGAGUGA